AUGGCCAGUGUCAAUGUGACGUGUUAUGCCCAGGUUAGAACGGCCAGUGUCAAGGUUACGUGUUAUGCCCAGUCUAGAACGGCCAGUGUCAAGGUUACGUGUUAUGCCCAGUCUAGAACGGCCAGUGUCAAGGUUACGUGUUAUGCCCAGUUUAGAACGGCCUGUGUCAAGGUUACGUGUUAUGCCCAGUUUAGAACGGCCUGUGUCAAUGUGACGUGUUAUGCCCAGUUUAGAACGGCCUGUGUCAAGGUUACGUGUUAUGCCCAGUUUAGAACGGCCAGUGUCAAUGUGACGUGUUAUGCCCAGUUUAGAACGGCCUGUGUCAAGGUUACGUGUUAUGCCCAGUUUAGAACGGCCUGUGUCAAGGUUACGUGUUAUGCCCAGUUUAGAACGGCCUGUGUCAAGGUUACGUGUUAUGCCCAGUUUAGAACGGCCUGUGUCAAUGUGACGUGUUAUGCCCAGUUUAGAACGGCCUGUGUCAAGGUUACGUGUUAUGCCCAGUUUAGAACGGCCAGUGUCAAGGUUACGUGUUAUGCCCAGUUUAGAACGGCCUGUGUCAAGGUUACGUGUUAUGCACAGUUUAGAAAGGCAUGUGUCAAGGUUACGUGUUAUGCCCAGUUUAGAACGGCCUGUGUCAAGGUUACGUGUUAUGCACAGUUUAGAAAGGCAUGUGUCAAGGUUACGUGUUAUGCCCAGUUUGGAACGGUCAAAGUCAAUGUGACGUGUUAUGCCCAGUCUAGAACGGCCAGUGUCAAGGUUACGUGUUAUGCCCAGUUUAGAACGGCCUGUGUCAAGGUUACGUGUUAUGCCCAGUUUAGAACGGCCUGUGUCAAGGUUACGUGUUAUGCACAGUUUAGAAAGGCAUGUGUCAAGGUUACGUGUUAUGCCCAGUUUAGAACGGCCUGUGUCAAGGUUACGUGUUAUGCCCAGUUUAGAACGGCCAGUGUCAAGGUUACGUGUUAUGCCCAGUUUAGAACGGCCAGUGUCAAGGUUACGUGUUAUGCCCAGUUUAGAACGGCCAGUGUCAAGGUUACGUGUUAUGCCCAGUUUAGAACGGCCUGUGUCAAGGUUACGUGUUAUGCCCAGUUUAGAACGGCCUGUGUCAAUGUGACGUGUUAUGCCCAGUUUAGAACGGCCUGUGUCAAGGUUACGUGUUAUGCCCAGUUUAGAACGGCCAGUGUCAAUGUGACGUGUUAUGCCCAGUUUAGAACGGCCUGUGUCAAGGUUACGUGUUAUGCCCAGUUUAGAACGGCCUGUGUCAAGGUUACGUGUUAUGCACAGUUUAGAAAGGCAUGUGUCAAGGUUACGUGUUAUGCCCAGUUUAGAACGGCCUGUGUCAAGGUUACGUGUAAUGCACAGUUUAGAAAGGCAUGUGUCAAGGUUACGUGUUAUGCCCAGUUUGGAACGGUCAAAGUCAAUGUGACGUGUUAUGCCCAGUCUAGAACGGCCAGUGUCAAGGUUACGUGUUAUGCCCAGUUUAGAACGGCCUGUGUCAAGGUUACGUGUUAUGCACAGUUUAGAAAGGCAUGUGUCAAGGUUACGUGUUAUGCCCAGUUUAGAACGGCCUGUGUCAAGGUUACGUGUUAUGCCCAGUUUAGAACGGCCAGUGUCAAGGUUACGUGUUAUGCCCAGUUUAGAACGGCCAGUGUCAAGGUUACGUGUUAUGCCCAGUCUAGAACGGCCAGUGUCAAGGUUACGUGUUAUGCCCAGUUUAGAACGGCCUGUGUCAAGGUUACGUGUUAUGCCCAGUUUAGAACGGCCUGUGUCAAUGUGACGUGUUAUGCCCAGUUUAGAACGGCCUGUGUCAAGGUUACGUGUUAUGCCCAGUUUAGAACGGCCAGUGUCAAUGUGACGUGUUAUGCCCAGUUUAGAACGGCCUGUGUCAAGGUUACGUGUUAUGCCCAGUUUAGAACGGCCUGUGUCAAGGUUACGUGUUAUGCACAGUUUAGAAAGGCAUGUGUCAAGGUUACGUGUUAUGCCCAGUUUAGAACGGCCUGUGUCAAGGUUACGUGUUAUGCACAGUUUAGAAAGGCAUGUGUCAAGGUUACGUGUUAUGCCCAGUUUGGAACGGUCAAAGUCAAUGUGACGUGUUAUGCCCAGUCUAGAACGGCCAGUGUCAAGGUUACGUGUUAUGCCCAGUUUAGAACGGCCUGUGUCAAGGUUACGUGUUAUGCCCAGUUUAGAACGGCCUGUGUCAAGGUUACGUGUUAUGCACAGUUUAGAAAGGCAUGUGUCAAGGUUACGUGUUAUGCCCAGUUUAGAACGGCCUGUGUCAAGGUUACGUGUUAUGCCCAGUUUAGAACGGCCAGUGUCAAGGUUACGUGUUAUGCCCAGUUUAGAACGGCCAGUGUCAAGGUUACGUGUUAUGCCCAGUCUAGAACGGCCAGUGUCAAGGUUACGUGUUAUGCCCAGUUUUGA